AUGGACGCACCUCCCAAGCGUCUCUUCACAUUCUGCAUUUUCUUCAACAACACAGCAGCCAUGGGGGGUGGCGCCGUCAACAUCGACGCCACCACCUUCGAUGCCUUCGGCCUCACUGACCGUGUGCCGGCUCUCACCUUCCUGCGCUGUACCUUCACGGCCAACAGCGCGCCCAACCAUGUGGGCGGGGCGGUUAGGGUGGCGGGGACGGCCAGGCUGCGGUUUGACUCUUGUCUCUUUGAUAGGAACAGCACUGGCGUAUCUGGGGGAGCCGUUUACUCCAAAGACGCCGCCCUCACUUUCGUCAAAACCACCCUAUCCAACAGCAUUGCCAGCGGCACCAAAUCCUACACUGUCAACAGCGUCACCUCUGGCGCAGGCGGCGCCGUCUACGCCGCAGCCUCGAGAACAAACACUGAUGCUGCUGUGCGCUUCUGCGCGUCAACCUCCUUCCAGGCGAACGGCGCCAGGCAAGCCGAUUGGGACCGUGGUGCCCACGAGUGGGUGGCAGCUGGUGACCGGUUGCUCAUCCAGGUGAGAGAAGAGGAUAUGAGGGUGAGGAGCUGGUGCGGAGUUGGGGGGGAGCAGUGGGAGCAGGCUGCUUUUUAUUACACUCCUCUUCUCCCUCAUGCUCCCCUGCGCCUUCCCUUGGCGUGA